UAUUGUUUAGAGUAGCAUUAAGAAUUUAGAAAUAAGCAAACAAAGAAUAUGACAGAUUGGGGAAAUAUUUGCCGCAUUUGCAGCAGCCCCGCAGACUAUAAUAUAUUUGCCAAGAUACCAACAUAUUUGCACGGCUCAACAAAUGAGUUUCUAAAUUUUCAGAAGCCAAUUAAUGUACUGCUCGAAGAAACAUCUGGACUAAAGGUAACGCCAGAUGACGGUCUGCCCUCUGUUAUUUGCGCACUGUGCAUAUCGUAUUUGAAGCACGCCGUAACAUUCCGUGAACAAUGUAUUAAAAAUGCACUCAGCCUCAAGCUAAUCGAACUAUAUCAACAGAAGUCUUCAAAAAAUAAGGCAGAUAAGGAGAGUGCACUGAUCACGGCAGAACAGUUGCGCUAUGUGGAGCAACGACCAGUACACAAUUUGCUGCUGAACAACAACAGAGUGAAGCUCGAAAGAACGGACAAAGUGCACAAGCAACUGCUUAAUCAGACUGUGCCCCAACAGAGCGGCAACAGCGAACGCGAAAUACGGUACUUAAACGAUCUAUUUAAUAAGCAACGAAAUGCCGCUCAGGUCAAAGUGGAGUUGCCAUCGACAAGCGGUCAGACCUGCAGCGGAAAUGGCACUGGCGAGGAGGAGGACUACGCGACGGUGACCUCCAGCGAUGAGGAGAAUGCGCUGUCGCGCAAGCACAAGAAUAUCUACAACUAUAGUGAGACAAAUUUCGAAGAGGAUGAUCCCAUGGAACAGGCGCAGCUAAGAGACAUCAAAGUGAAUAUACCCGAGCCCAUGUGGAAGGAGCGCAAGUGUCCGGCCUGUUUCAAGCGAUACAUGCACGAGGAUUCGCAUAAAUUGCAUUUGGACAAUUGUGUGGAAUUCCAGUUUUUUAACUUUAUCGAUGAACUGAACAGGCUGCAAGAGAUAAAGCGUCAGAAAAUGGUAUCGCCCCAUGAGUUCAUUCGACGUAUGAUAUUCGCUUUGCACAAGACAUGCACCUGGUUGCAGGAACAUUCCAUUGAUAGCGAACUGGCUGAGAAACUGAAUCAGGUUAAGAUCACCAAUGGCAGCAGCAGCAGCAGUGCGGACAAAGCUGACAAAAUUGAGCCAAUCAAGGAGAGCGUACCCAAGGCAUCGACGUGCUGGGAUAGUUAUCCAUCUUCCAAUGACGAUGGCAUCUUUGGCAGCAGUUUACUCAAGUUCAAGAGCGGCUGUAACACACCUAUAACAGCGGAGAACAAUGUCCUAUAUGCCAUAGAGCGCUCCGAGAGUCGCAACUCACAAAACACGCCCAAUCCGGUAGUGAAGAAACCCAUACCCAUUCGGUGCACAGGGCCUCCAGCAGCAACCGUGACUGCUUCACCGUUGCACGAGGAGCGUGCUCGUGCCACAUUUCUGGAAAAGUUGCAACGAGCCACUGGUACGCCACAACACCUGCAGUCGCCGGUGCCAAUCACGCCCACCUCAGCAGCCCGUUGCUGUCAAUGCAAUUUGAUAUUCACUGCGGUGAGCGAACUCGAAAUUCACAAUGUUAUGCAUCACAAUGGGCAGUGCAAUGGAGGCAACGCUCUGGACGAAGAAGCCCAAAGGCGUCGUAUUAUUGCCCUAUUCGAAGACGAUAUCUAAUUUAGAAUUUGAGUCUUAAGUUUACAUUAAUUUUAUUCCGUAACAACGUUAAGUCUGAAAAGUCCCUUUACACGUUCGUUGUUUAA